AUGCUAAACAUCACUCGAACCUUUCGUCAAUUUACCCCAUUAUCGCUGGAUAAAGCUCGGUCAUUCUCCAAUAGUGAAUAUCGCAGGCAAAAUCAUAAUGAUUAUAAUGAGCAGGAUGCACCAAAGUCAAAAAAGCCAAUAGGUGGUUUUCGAGGAGGUCUUAUCGGUUUUCUUCUCGGGGUUACACUUGCGAGUGGUGCUGGAUAUGUCUACUUAAUGGACGAUUAUCAUGCUGCCUCAAACCUUUUGUUAAGUUCAGUUGAAGAAUUGCAAUUAUCCACGAAUAAGGUGCGAGAUUAUGCCAAAAAGAUUGAGAAAGUUGAAGGAGAUCUUAGAUCACUUCAAACUCAUGUGACCACAAAGGAUCAAUUAUCAGAGUUAAGAAAAGAAAUGAAGAGAUUAUAUGAUACUUUAGAAGGGAAACAACUUGAAUUAAAAGUUCGGAUGUCCAACCUUGAAAAAGAUAUCCUUAUCCUUGAAUCAAAACAUUGA